GGAAGAGCUGUAAUUUUGGGGAAUUCCUGUGAGGAAGUGACUGAGAAAACAGCUCUGUGUCUCUCUAUCUCACUGCCGAGGCGUUCACAGCUUCUCGCUGAGACACCGAACCGGCAGCGUGUGUUCCAGUUUGAGUUAUGCGGGAGGGGGCGUUCUCCUGUGAAAAUGUCUAGUUUCUUUUGCAGCUGACCCCCUCCCCCCACCUCGUCCUCCAGCAAUGGACAAACAUCAGAAUCUGCACUGAGACAGAAUCAGAGAGAGACAGAGCAGUAAACAGUAUUUUUACAGUUAUGGAGUGUUCCAGGGGGAGCAGUUUCUCCAGUAUCUCGUCCAUCCUAGAUGUGGUUCCCUAUCAGAAGUUGGUGGACCUGCAUUAUAUCAGCAAAGGAAGCUAUGGCGUGGUAUUUAGAGCACAGCACAGCGACUGGAGGAUGACCGUGGCAGUCAAGUGUCUACAGUUCGACUCUCCAGUGGGUGAAGGGGAAAGGAACAGUCUGAUGAAGGAAGCAGAGGUUUUGCACAGAGCCAGAUUUUCCCAUAUAAUCCAAAUUUAUGGUAUUUGCAAUGAACCUGAAUUUAUGGGGAUUGUCACAGAAUACAUGAGCAAUGGGUCUUUGGACCAACUUCUUUAUCAGAAAGAUAUAUAUCCAACACUUCCUUGGUCACUGAGACUUCGCAUAUUGUAUGAAAUUGCACUGGGAGUGAAUUUUCUUCACAACAUGAACCCACCAUUACUGCAUCAUGAUCUGAAGGCACAAAAUAUUCUGCUGGAUGGUGAAUUUCAUGUAAAGAUUGCAGACUUUGGGAUGUCAAAAUGGCGACGUUUAACCAUGAGUAAAUCUUCAGGCCUUAAAUCUCCCACAGCAGGAGGAACUGUUAUCUACAUGGCUCCAGAGCAGUAUGAGCCGAACAAAGCAAAGCGUGCAGAUGUGAAACAUGACAUGUACAGCUAUUCAAUAAUAAUGUGGGAAGUCCUUUCAAGAAAACAGCCAUUUGAAGAUGCUACAAACCCAGUGCAGGUCAUGUUCAGUGUACUGCAGGGUUCCCGACCUGAUACCAGCGAGGAGAGUUUACCACUGGACAUCCCCAACCGGGAAACACUACUUGGGCUGAUGAUUAGCGGCUGGUCUCAAAACCCUAAUGAACGGCCUUCCUUUAUUAAAUGUCUCAUGGAAUUGGAACCAGUGGUUCGAGCAUUUAAUGAACUGACUGUACUUGAAGAUGUUUUAUCGCUAAAAAGAGUAAAAGGGAAUUUUAAUUCAAACACGUUUUCAGCAUCAUAUGAAAAAGUCAAUGGAGAUUUGAAGUCCCUUAAUAUACCAGUACAGGCUAUGAAUCCGGAACCACAUUCCUUGUCCUCCCAUCAGGAAGAUAUCUCCUUUCGGCAGUCAGCUGGAGUUCUCCAUCAGUUUCCGACAGCUCCCUCACUUCCAACGUACAACAUUAUGCCUUCAGUAUCAGAAAACAGUGAUAUCAGAAGCACAGAUGAAAAUGUUUUGUCUAGUUUAAAAUGUCAACAUGAAGAACUGUACACACCAUCUUUAGUCUCACCCAGUGAAGAAGACAGUUUGCCUCAGACGAUGAUAUGCCAACCAGAUGACACAUUUAUACCUAAAAAGGUAUUUCCUGAAAGUGAACCAGACAGUGGAUCAGGAUUGAUACCAUUCCAACUUUGCUCUGGUUUCAUCACCGAGAGUGUGUCUCACGGUUUGGCUCACCAGUGGAUUCAAAGCAAAAGGGAGGAUAUUAUCAAUCAGAUGACAGAGGCAUGUCUGAAUCAAGCCUUGGAUGCCCUAAUUUCCCGUGACUUAGUAAUGAAAGAGGAUUAUGAGCUCAUCAGCACCAAACCCACAAGAACAGCAAAAGUCCGACAACUUUUGGACACGAGUGACAACCAUGGAGAAGACUUUUCCAGAGUUAUUGUUCAGAAGUUAAAAGACAAUAAACAGAUGGGGCUUCAACCUUAUCCAGAGCUGUCUUCAAUAUCUAGUCCAUCCUCUUACUUGAGCCUGAUGUCAACUCAACUCAAAAUCAAAUGACUGUUAUUCAGACAAAGCAAAAUGCUGCAGAUCCUGGAAAUCUGAAGUAAAAGGAGAAUGCUGGAAAUAUUCAGCAGAUUAGGUGGGAUCUACGUACACAGUUAAUGUUUUCAGGUCAAUGGCCGCUGUUCAGUAUUCCUCAAAUUCUUUUUUGUUCUGGAUCAUUUAAGCAAUGUCGUGGUGGAUUUAUCAUCAGUGUAUUUGUACUGUACUGAAGCUGUACCCAUUUGAAAGUACGAUGUUGUAGAAGUUAGUAUGGUUUUCCUUUGACCCAAGAGUUCAUAACAGCAUUCAUGUAGUCAGGUGACUGCUCCUCAUUGUUGUCUAUGCUUAUGAUUGUCUAGACUUCUUCUUUUUGAGUUUGUUAAUGUACUUUUACCAAACUGUUACAUUGAAUGUUACCACAAUAUAGAAUAUCUCAUCUUAAAGGGAAUAGAGGCUUUUAUUCUUAUUAUUUCCUCACUGAACUCCAUUGAUUUAAUGGCUUCCCAAUAAGAUGACCCCACAAUCUUGAUGAAUGAAUAUGUUACCUCACACCUGAAUGUUUAGAAAUAGAUUUUAGAUGGUCUCAGGCAGGAACAUGCUGCUUUCUAUCUGUUUCCAAAAGUUAGAUCCUUAUUAUCACUUGUACAGAAACUUAAGUUUGGGUUAACUGGGAGAACACCAUAGCGGUUUGAGGGGAAGAAUUGCCUGUGCAUGCAUUAAAAUGGAAUGGGCAUAUAUAAAACCGUAGCAGUCAGAAGGCUUUCAGCAACACUUAAUUGCCAAGUUAAUCCGUUUUAAAAAUGUUUGUCAAGAAUAAAGGGGAGUCAGAGAGGAGAGACAAACUGAAGAGAGAAAAACAAAAUGGAAGGGGAGUUGGCAGAUGAGAGGUUGUGCUGGGCACUUGACCUCCAACUUGGUUGCUGAAGUGACGGUGGUGAGAUGGGAUAGUUCUCUUUGUUACCUCAUGGUGCUAUUUGCAUCAGUGUUGUAGAAUGCCCUUCAGGAACUUGAACAUGUUCCAAUUUAUCAGUUCAACCCUGAAUGGUUGUUGCACAUGUCCUUCUGUCAAAUGGCACUGCUCUACAGUUGGCAUUCUAAUCUUGCACAUAAUGAAGACACAUCCCCACGGUUUUUUGGUAGAGAUGGCACAAAUAGUUGGGAAUGUUGUUACAAGUGUGACCAGCUAUACCAGACUGCCUGCUCAAAACAUGGCAUCCUGUGAUUGGAUUGUGCCAUAGCAUUAGUCUACUAUGUUAGAACAAUCUCUGAUAAAGACUCACUGCUCAAUCUCGCAAACAGACUGCAAUCCUAUGAUUUUUGCCAACAAAAUGUCUAUCAUGGUAGAAAUGGCAGAUGGACUGAAAACUCCCAGUCCUGCCUAUCUUCAUGGUCAUGUUCCCAGAGGAACUUGAGUCAGCUUCUGGAGCCCAGGAUUGUAAAGCAUGAAGUGUCCACAGUAGAUCUGUAAGACCUUGUGCAUUUCUUUGAGUAGCCAUGGUGUCCCUUUGUUGACCUGUACUUGAUAUGGUCCCUAGGCACCUUUUGGGGAAAUAACAUAGUUUUUGGCUGCCCUCUCUAAUCAACAAAAACAGGCCUUUAAAUGUGUGUAAAAAGUGCAUAAACUCAGGAACUGUCAGAAAACUUGUCAAAAUCAUUGAUCAAAACUCUUAAGGCAUACUUCGGAAGUCUUGUUAGGACCUGUCAGAAACAACUGUCAAAGGGAGCUGUUUGGCAUUUAAAAGCGCUACCUUUCAUAUAUUUGAAGAAAAGUAUGCGCUGUUUUUUAAAAAAAAAACUCGUUAUUCUGUUUCACAUUUGUUGCCAAACAUCUGAGAACAUCUAUUACUGGAUUAAUCAGCAUGUUUGAUUUCACAACUGUUCAUUAUCACAGUAUCAUGUGCUAUUUCACAGUUUGACCACUGCAAGUAAUUCUAGAAGAUUUGAAAUGGGACUAUGAAUUCCAAAGCUUGUUUUAAGAGAUAGAGCAGUUGAGUGCAGUUGUAACACAUCUUAUCAUUGAAGGAAGGUAAAUGCAGCGAAUGAGUUAUUAUGAUUUAAAUAUAGUGUAAAGUCUGCAAUAAAUACCUAAAUUAAUUUCAGUAAUCCUUAAUUUAUCUUACCUGUACAUAGAUCCUGAGCUGUGCCCAUGAUGGCUCAAGGGGGCGUUGCUACAGAUAUAUGAUUGAAGUCUAGUGAGUGAGGGACAUAUGAAGCCAUGAGUUGGCAGUAAAUUGGAAUAGUGGGCAUAAUGGGUGAGGCCAGGGAGUUGGUUGACAUGAAGGUUAUAAGGGAUUAUGGGGUGGGUACAAGAUCAUACGUUGACAUGAAGAGAUAUGGAAGUAGGGAAGGGAGUCAUAGAUUGACAUGGAGACCCUGAAUGGCCAGGUAUGGUUACAGGACAUGAUGCGGAACAGAUGGACAUGGUGCAAGAGGAAUUACAAUAGGGUUAGGGGUAGAGGGGUGUUUAAUGUUUCAAAAUGUUUAAAUUUUGCCCAGGGUGGAUAUUCUGUGAAGCUUCACUCUACACUUGGCACCCGUUCACUACUGUAACCAGACUGUAGUUCUGUAAGACGUGACGAUUCUCCUUGAUUGUUUGACCCAGAAGACUUCAGACAAUCAAUGAUCCUGUUCACCUGUUUGAAUCCUCAAACACCGUUAUCAGUCAAAUUUGGAAACUAUUAUUCACGUAUAGAUCUGUGGUCUGGCAAUGCAUUAUUUUCAUUAGAACAAACAACAAUAAUUAAUUAAUUUUAAAAACUAUUUCUGUUUUUGGUCAACAUUAAUUAAUAUUGACUGUCGACAAUAUCAGACAAUAACAGAAAUGCUUCUCGUUGAAUGUAGCAACACUGGCAGGUUGACACUUUUAAUAAACCUUUAUUUAUGAAGGAUGUUUCGUUUAGCGCAAAUGGAACUGAUAUUUUGUUUUUGUUUCUAUGUAUAAUUCCAUUUUAGCUUCCUGCAUCCUAAGCAUAGUGAUGCAAACCUAUCUGAAAGAGAGCAGAGAAAGAGUAUGCUUUUGUCAUUGGGUGUUCCGUCAGAAGUAUCCUAUGUUAUGUUACACCGGCAUUAAUGUACCUUAGUGGUGACAUUGGAUCCCUGGUCCCAGAUCCCAAGACCGUCACCUACAUUAAUGGCCUGUCAGAGUAAGAUGCUACUUGCAGAGUUGGGUGGGUAGAUGGGAACAAAGGAGAAAGUGAGGACAGGAGAUCAGAGCUGAAAAUGUGUUGCUGGAAAAGUGCAGCA